AUGGCGUCUCGGAGAGUCUUAUCAUCACUUCUCCGUUCAUCAUCCUCCGGCAGAUCCGCCGCCAAAUUCGGGACCCGAAACCCUAGGCUCCCGUCUCCUUCCCCCGCUCGCCACGCCGCUCCUUUCGCUAACAUCCUCGGCCGCGUCGCCGAAUACUCCACGACCUCUUCCCCAGCUCCUCCUCCUCCAGCUAAGGAUGAAUCCCCGAAGAAGACUUACGAUUACGGCGGAAAAGGCGCGAUCGGGAAGGUUUGCCAGGUCAUCGGUGCUAUUGUGGAUGUGAGAUUCGAAGAUCAGGAAGGUUUGCCUCCGAUCAUGACGUCACUGGAGGUGCAGGAUCAUCCCACGAGGCUGGUGCUUGAGGUGUCUCAUCAUUUGGGGCAGAAUGUUGUGAGGACUAUUGCUAUGGAUGGUACUGAAGGGCUUGUUCGUGGGAGGCGCGUGCUCAACACUGGCGCUCCGAUUACUGUUCCCGUUGGAAGGGCUACACUUGGACGUAUUAUGAAUGUUCUUGGAGAACCUAUUGACGAGAGAGGCGAAAUUAAGACCGAACAUUACUUACCUAUUCACAGGGAUGCUCCAGCUUUGGUUGAUUUAGCCACUGGUCAAGAGAUUCUUGCUACUGGUAUUAAGGGUUUACUUGAUGGUAAGUACGAUGAUCUUCCAGAACAAUCAUUUUACAUGGUUGGUGGAAUCGACGAGGUGGUUGCAAAGGCAGAGAAGAUCUCCAAGGAGUCAGCAGCUUAAGGAGAUAUGCUUAAUACUUCUCUUUUCUUCUUUUGUUGACAAUAACGAAAAAAAAAACAAAGCUUUAGGCAGUGCUGCUAAUGCAUUGCGGAUUCCCAUCAUUUUGUGAGUGUGAAGAGCUGCGAGAUCAUGCUGAACAUAUUCACUCACUGUUACUCAAAUUUUUGGUUCUUUUGCUUCCUUUUACUUGUUGAAAUAAAAGUUUUAAGACUUGCAUAUUCUAGUUGCAAUGUAUGAUUAUGAUUUAUUGAUCUGUGUCUGUGGUGAAGUCUUAAUAUGAUCGAUCAUCAGCGUAAAUUGAAACCAUACGAGGCAAUAUUUCAUCCAUAUGGUUUGAGUCGGGUUGGGUGUGUC